GGAAUUUUUCGCUUCACUUCUUCUUCCAUGUGUUUUCAGUCAACUGACAUAGCUCGAUGCCGACAUCAAGAGCGCCUCAAGGUAAUGACAGCUGCUGGCCAGGAGAAUAAAGGGAUGCCUGACCAUCAUCGUCCUUCAGGGGCUGAUGUGAUCAACACACUGCGGUCGUUUGGGCUGCUACCCUAUCUUCUAAAGGAGAACCAAGAAGCCCAGUUCUGCCAUGUAUACGAGGGGCGACGACAUUACGACCUCGUUGAUGAUAGCAUUGGUGCCUGUGUGACAGUGCUACGGCGCUGGGUCGCUUCUUGCAGAGAGGACCACCCCGAGUGCAAGUUUUCUGUUGUCGACAAAAUGGAGGAAACUCCACGAAGGCUGCUUGAUCUCAGUGACCCCCUGCAGUCUCCUGAAAACAGAUGGUCGAAGCUGCCUAGAAGAGUGCGAGUGAUAGAAUCAAAGGGCGAAAUGUUGGCCUACGUUGCUAUCAGCUAUCGAUGGCCUCAUGCUUCCAAAUACUGGCCACGCUUGACGUUCAAAAACUACACGGCACUUACUACAGCAGGUCUCCAAACAGACGUUCUACCGAGACUCAUUCGAGAUGCCUUCACCAUCGCGUUGCUUGCCGGGAUCAGAUAUGUCUGGAUUGACUGCUUGUGCAUACACCAAGGGAACGACGAUGAAUGGGUCAUUGAAUCCGCAAAAAUGGCCUCGAUUUACGGCCGAGCAGCUUUUACAGUUGAGUUCGUCGACCAAACCAGUCUCGUUGACGCCGCUGAAGCGUCCCGCGGUAUGUUUCUCAAGACCGAGCACGGGGAUCAUGAUAUCAACGGGGACUUCAGCCCACCAUACAACCCUCUCAGCCCCGAGUCGGUUUACCAGUGGCUGGAAACCAGCGGUAACUUUCCAAGCCGUCCCAAUGGAGAACUUGAUACCAGAGGCUGGGCGUUCCAGGAGAGACUUCUUUCUCGUCGCAUUGUCAGCAUAACAAAAGAAGGAAUAUUUUAG